AUGGUCCGGCGGCUGAACGACGUCAUGGAGAGGCGGAGCAGGAAGACGUUGCGACGUGGUGAGCUCGUGGUGUUCGGCAGGGGCGUGCGGCUUGACAGCAACGGCCUUGGGUUUGCGGAGUCACCGUGCAGCGCAGCUCCCCGUGGUGGUUCCUCCACGUUCAACUCCUCCUCGUGGCUGGUCCGGCUCAGCGUGGUCGUCGAUGCAGUGGCGUCACAGCUUCCGGCCUGCACCCCCCCCCCCGCUCCGAUUUCCCCCAGCGCCCUAACCCUAGAAGGCCUAAAGCACUCCGUCCAGCGGCGCCUCCCCGGUCCGAUUUCCCUAGGCCGGCCGACCAGGAAGGACGCCGCUCCCUGCUGGACGGUCGCUGCCCCCACCCUGCUAGACGCCAUCGCCCCCCUUCAGGAACAGACAAGGUACGAUGCCGGAGACAUCACUGCCGUGAGCUCUGCACAGGAUCCCACUGUCCGGCUGCUGGAUGGCCAAGGCCGUCUUGGGAGCAGUGUAUCUCAUAGAUUGUUGUACCAAGGAUAUUGCAUGCUCAAACAUGAGUUGAUGAAAUGGGGUGUGCACAUAGCCAUUCAGGACAAGAUAGGAUCAGAGCAGAUAUGGGACCUCAAGAGAUUUGGAGCAAACUUAAAAGAUUAAAGCUUCAGGUUUGUUCAAUAUUGUAGCUUGUUAGCUGAUUUUGAACUUAAUUUUGGAUCAGUUGCAGACACCAAUUUUUUAUGGAUAGACUCUGAUUUAGGAGGAUACUUUACUUUGUAUUGUUGUGUAAGCUAUAUAUGGAGGUGACAGCCUUUAGGA